AUGCCCACCGGAAGGCGCGAUGCUACCGCCCGUGCUCCAACUGGCAAUAUUCAGCAAGCUGUCACUAGACGGCGAACCACUCCUGCGACACCCAGAGCAACGGCAGCCCUCUGGUCGGAAGUGACCAUGGAUCCGAUUACGCGGCCAAGUUCAAGCACUGUUCAUCAUCAGCACGACUCUCCCUCAACGAUGCAAGACUCUGGCGAGAACGAGGAAACGUACGAGACUCGCAAUCUAGCUGACUUUAUCGGCCAAGACUUACCAAAAGUUGGCGAGAUUUCACGUUCUGAACGCCUCUAUUUUAUCGGCACGGAGUUCUCAAACCUCAACCAUCUCGUGCGUCACAGAGCUUUACGAAAGGAUCAAAAGGACGUAUUGCACUUUGGGACGCGUAGACUUGCGAGAAAGGUUCCUUCAGUCCCUGAAGAAGCUCUAAAGUUACCCCCAAAAGCUUUGGCUGAUGAGCUUGUCACAGCGUAUUUCGCCCACGUCAAUCCAGGGUUUCCAAUUGUCGAUGAGGACGAAUUCAUGACAAGCUACAAUGGCUCUGAUGUCCCGAAACUAGUGUCCUUACCACUGUUGAACGCCAUAUUCCUCGUCGGCGCCCAUGUACUCUCCUCGACCCGAGAAGACUGUAGGGCCAGCACAUAUACCUUCUUCCGUAGAGCCAAAACGCUCUUCGAUUACCGCUUCGAGCAGCACCGUGAGACGUACCUCCAGGUUGCUCUCCUAUUGACAUGGCAGUGUGACAACCUCGAAGAUAUCGUUGAUAACUCAUGGCACUGGAUCGGAAUCGGGGCCCGCACUGCCUUUGGAAUGGGCAUGCACCGGGACGCCCGUGCCAGUACCCUGAACACUAUAGACAAACGUCAAUGGGUCCGGCUCUGGUGGUGUCUAUUUCAGUUUGACGUCAUGGUUUCGGCUUCGUUUGGUCGACCGCAAGCAAUAAACCUAGAAGAGUCGGACACCCCAAUGCUCGACGAGAGUCAUUUUCAAGGCAUUCCUCAUGGCAACCCAACUUUUGCCAUCGAGCAUACAAAGCUGUGCGUCAUCUUCUCCAAGGCCAUGAGACGACGUGUAGCCUUACGAGCCACAGAAGCUGAUAGAGCAGCGGCAACCAAGGAAGCUGAUGAGGAACUUGCUGAGUUCAUAACUCAACUGCCGCAAAGCCUCCAAAUCCCGCACUCCGACCCGGACACUUGGCAAGCAACUCUUCACCUCUCGUAUCACAACUUUCUUAUUCUUCUCCACCGGCCUCCGCCUCAUCAAGAUCCGAACGGGGUUUCACGUCACUCUGCCACUGAUCACAGCAUCUGUGGCGAUGCUGUUGUAGCGAUAGGCUCUAUCUUUGAAUCUCUCCACUCAAGGAAUUUGUUAUGCAAUCUAUGGUUACCUUCCGUCCAUGUUCUUUUCACCAGUCUACUGCAUGUUGCUAGUGAGCUCAACUCUCCCAAUCCUCUCAUUGCUGCAAAGUCGUCCCGUAUGUUUGACUCUCUUAUCUACACACUCCGAGAUAUAUCACAGUAUUGGAUAUAUGCCAAGAGUCUACUGCGACUGUUUGAGGAACGGGCUAUGUGGAAAAAGAGACAGAGAGGGCAUGCACUAGGAUCAUCUGAAGAUCGAACCAUUCACCAAAGCCAAGAGUCUCCGACUACUCGUACGGUCGUUUCUGAGUUUUCGCUGCGCCCUGAUGCUCUAGGUGUCCCUAAUAUCAUGGGCGACGCUCCAUCAACUCUUCAGCCAUCUUCUGCCCCAGUACCUGGACCAGCAUACGGCUUUAAUUUCGACUUCGGUGUGCACCAAGGUCUUUCAUAUGGCGAGGGCUUUUCAAACGACCUUGACAUAGUUGGGAAUGGGAGCGAGGCCAUGAACCUUCUCCCUGUGCCUUCGGUAUUGGAGUUUCUACUGGCUGGUGUUGAUAAUCAGUAUGACUUCUGA